CAGCCCUAGAUGUCCUGGAACUUGCUCUGUAGACCAGGUUGGACUGGAACUCACAGAGUUCGCCUGCCACUCUCUCCUGAGUGCUUGGUUUAAAGGCGUGUGCUACCUCUCCAUCCUAGGACAGGAUCUGGAAGACCGGAAUGGCUAGCUCAAUGGGACGACGGUGGGAAACAACAGAUAAUUGGUUGUCACUUUUCUGGACACUGAGCAGAGACUCUUUCGACUUCUACUCUGGACUGAUUUGUUUUUCAGCAGAUCAUCACUGGACAAAACCAUUAGACUGGUAGAUGCAGCUGACCCAGACCCUGGCUGGAGGAACAUGUUGGACUCUUUGGUAUCUGCUUCAGGUAAACCAGGUACCUUCCAAUGUAGCUGGGAUUGUGGCGUAGUGGUGUUAGGACCCUUCCCUGUGACGGCACCAGUCUCGCUAGGCUCACCUCUGGUCCAAAGUUGCGCCCAGGCCGACAUGGAGCAGGAAGAGGAGUGGCAGGCUGCGCACGAGCCUCCCAAGGAUAAUGAGAAGCCGGCACCAACGCUGCAUCUAUCAGUGCCUUCUGGGAACGGCGGAGUUCAUCAGCCGCCCACUCCAGCCGCCACUCCACAUGUAUCCAAUAUGUCAAGGCCGUAUAUGUUAUCUGCUGAGGAGUCCAGGCAGAGUGAGGGUGAAGGGGGGUCACAGGUCAUUCUGUCCCUACCUGAGCAUGGUGUGAGGUACUCCUCCCCACUGCCUCCUACACCUUCCCAGAUGUAUCAUCAGCCACCGUCUGUCCACCAACCAGGCAGACUGAUUGACACGGGAUCCCACAUGAUGUCCUUAGGGAGUCCAGGUACUCUGGUGGGAGUGAACAUAGCCUUCAGUGAGAAUCUGAUGCCUCACAGUGGCCUGCUAGGCUCAGCUUCCAGCGGCGUCCCAGUAGUGCCUUAUUCUGUCCCUUCAACAGUACCUGCUACCACAGGCUCUUUAAAUAAUGGAAUAUUGCUGGUUCAAAGCAUGGCUCCCAGCGGGGCCUGUGCCAUAGCUCCCUCGAUGGAUCGGAUGCUGCACUUAAAUCCCUACAAUCUUGGGAUGCCCUCAGCGAGGCUUCAGCCAUUGCUGACUUUAGAUUCCCAGGACUCGCUUGUGACACAGUCAAAUUCCCAGGAAGGACCUUUGGUAUCUGAGCAGCCCACACCUAGUCCACAGGGUUCAGAGAGCCCCAGUACUUCAGGAGAGGCAUCUGGGAGGCCACCUCCAGCUUCAAGGCCUUAUGUCUGCCCAUAUGAAAACUGCGGGAAAGCUUACACCAAGCGCUCUCACCUCGUGAGUCAUCAGCGUAAACACACAGGUGAGAAGCCGUACGUGUGUGACUGGGAAGGCUGCACGUGGUCUUUCUUCCGCUCUGAUGAGCUCGGGCGACAUAGACGGAUCCACACCAGAGACCGACCACAUAAAUGCUUGGAGUGCGGCCGACAGUUCAUGAGAUCCGACCAUCUCAAGCAACACCAAAAAACUCAUCAGCGCAUGCCAGACUUCCCGACACCUCAGGCCAACAGCGAACAGAUGGACGGACAGCUCGGUGGGCCUCUUGCUCCUGGUCAGGGGCUUUAGCUCCUUUUCCUGGAUUCUCUAAACUAAGACCCUGCUGCCCGAGACUGGGUCAUCUCUGGGGUAGACGAAAGUUCAGAUGGAGACAGGAAGUGGUGGGGAAGCUCACAUGAAACUCUUGACACCAUCGUGGAUUCCUCAAAAUCUGGUGCCUCUCAGGAAUUAGUGACUUCUGCCAUUUAGCCAGAUGAGAAGACGGAGCCACAGACUGUACUUAAUUAGAAAGCUUUUCUCUUAUCUGUCAACAGCAGGGAACACUCUCAUGCCUGCCUGUUCCCUGAAACCGUGUUCUCUCCCUGGGUCUUCCACAGUGUCCAGGGCCAGACCAUGGAAAAGACAUCUUAGUAUUAGAAGGUACUGAAAACAUUCUGUGCCCUGCAUCAGGCUCCUGCUGGCCUUCACCAUCCAUAUGCCCAGAGUUUCUCCUCCCAGGUCUUAACCGGAGUGCUCCACUACAGGACGUGACAUCUGGCCUUCAAUGGGGCCACCAAAACCAAGCCAAAAUCAGUCUCAAGGACACUGAUAGUCAUGGGGGAAACUCCCGGAAAGAGAUUUCAGAGAGACAGGUAGUGAUUCUCUCUAUCCCCAUGAAUUGUUGCAAGUAUUGCUUGUCCCCGACAGCAGUCUGGGGAGACCUCCCGAGCAGCCUGCAGACACGCCCUUCAAGGCUGGCCAUGAAGCAGUGCCCAUCAUGAAAACGUGUCUGCCUUGGGCCACUGUCCAUUCCUUCCGUUCCACUUGCUCUUCCUAACCUUAGUGUUGAAUGUCCCCAAUAAACGCAGUGUUUGUGCUGUUUAUAAAUUGGUGUGGGGAAUGGGAAGGCUCAGGACAAAUCCCACCAUAAUACAUCCUCUCUACCUGGCCCAGGUAUCAGGUUGCAGGUUUUCAUUUAUGUAUUUUUUUUUUAAAAAAGUAUAUUUAUUGUGUGUACUCGUGUGGAGGUCAGAGACAACUUUGGGGAGCCAGUGAUUUUCUAGCAUGUGUGGCCCUGGGAUUGAAUUCAUGUUGUCAGUCUCGGCAGCAAGCGCCUUUCUUGUUGGCCUUUGUUUGGUUUUGCUUUUGAGAAAGGGUUUCACUGUGGUACCCAGGCUGAGUUGCAGGUGUGAGUGCCCACCCAGUUUCAGGCUGCCUCCCCUCCCUUCCCCUCUGGUUCUGAGGAACAAUAAGUGUUCUGGUGGUUCACCCUGGCUGUCUUCUGGAUUCAGUUGGCCAUUUUACUGAGCAUUAAGCUAACAGAAAGGAGCUAGGCCUUAAGUCAUCCUCUUUGUAGGAGCUCAAUAAAGGUUUAAUAAGUUGAAAAAAAAGAUAAGGAGCUUGGCCAAGCCACCCAGUGGCAGAGCCAGAACCCCAAAUAUCUCUGCUCCCAAAGUGGGUUUCUUCCCUAAGAGCUGGCACCUUCCAUAGGUGUUCGAUAGACCCAGACCCAGUCCUAUGCCAGGUGACUCCAUCUUACACUUAAGGGACCAUGUUGGGCUCACUAAUUCACAAGCCUCCACAAUACAACACAUGGGUGUGCGGGCACAGAGAAAGGAUGUACCAGGAAGAACAGGCCUCAGUGUCUGAGCCAGACUUUAACCAUGGAGGCUUAGCCUUGCCUCAUUCCCAGACACCCUUGGUUGAGCGUCCUGAGCACUGAAGAGUUAGGCAUGGCCACUCUGAUGUUAAGGAGCAGCAAAGACCAGAACUGGCCUCUGCCCGUGGAUGUCGGAAGCUGCUGUUAGAAGCGGAUGUGUUAGCCUGGAGUGGUGGUACGUGCCUGGAAACCCGGCACUCAGGAGAUGAGAGACAGAUUCGUUCCCUAUUGUGAUGUCUACCAUGUAUGAAAACUGUCUUUUACCUUUGACAAUUUUGCCUGGAUGUGUAUCACAGUGCAUGAACGGAGGUAGGUGACAGCUCCCCAGAGUUUCCCUCCUAUCCUGGAGGUUCCAGGGGCUAAACUCGGGUCUUCAGGCUUGGUGGCAAGCAACUUUAUUACCCACUGAGCCAUGCUGCAGGCCCAUAUAUGGAAUUGUGGGAACAGGUCUUACGUAGCCCCAAACUGGGUCUGAACUAUGUCACCAAGGAUAAUGUAUUCUUUCUCCAAGCGCCAGGAUUACAGGUGUGUGCCAAAGGCACUGUUGUGGUGCUGGGGAGAGACCAGGGCUUCAGGAAUGCUAGCCAAGCACAGGACACCAAACCACAUCUGCCGUGGAAAGCUUGUAUCCAUGGAUGCAAUUUAAAGAACACAUAUUUGCCCUUUUUAGUCACCUGAGUCAAAGCAUUCAUUUAUGUACAGAGUCUCCUUUUAUCCUCCAGAGACGUAACCCCUCUUGGAUCUUGGUAAGGCUGGUGGUGUUGCAUUGAUCACAUAUGGAUCCAUUGCUAAGCAAAACAGUGAUUGGUUUUGUAUGGUUUUACUGUUUUUA